AUUCCCCUUCCUUGCUUGUCGUUUCUAAUCAAUAUUACUAUAUGCCUUGUGCCCUUCAUUUUUUAUUAUUCCUCUGACCCCUUUCUCUUCCUUCAUAAUCAUAUCUUUUAAAAAUAAAAAUAAAAACUAGUUUGUUCUCUUCUCUUUGCGAGCUUAACUCAAUUAGUAGGAACAUCGUAUUAUGUGUAUAGGAGCCGGAGUUUAAACCUCAACACUCUACUUAUUCACAUUUAAAGGUGAUUGAUUAGUGUUGGCCUUGCGAUUAGAAAAAGACUGAAAUUAUUUGAUGUCAGAACUGAUCAUGAACCAUAUUAAACGGUCAAGUAAACCGAUGAAAAAAAAUAAUAUUGAACCACCGUAUGUAACAAAAGAAAAUUAAACCACCCUAUCAAAAUUCUCAAUUAGGCCCCUAGUUUCAUUUCAUUAUCCCAAAAUAAAAUACCACACGACACCCACGUGCUUUCCAAGUAUAAUAUCCAUCUUACCCCUCAAACUCAUCAACCAAUGAUUCGCUUCAAAGCAUGAAAACCAGCCACCAAUCCCACCUUACAAAUCGAAAUUGAGAUAAUGAGAACAUAUACACCAUAAUUAAAUAAAAUAUUUACAAAAUAGAACAAUGCUCGCUAAGGGGUUUGAUGGUAAUUUUGAAAGGUGGAGCGAAGUUGAAGUUUGAAAAUAUUGGAAGAGGACAUAGAAGACAUUAUCGAAAAUGUCACGGGAUCUAAAUGACAAUUAAGCCAACUAAGACUUGUGAUUAGAGCAGAAAGAAGAAACAGAAUCGCGGCACUGUCUCUAAACUUGAAAGAAUAACCGUCUUCGUUAAGGUCAAAAAAAAUUCUUCAACAACCAAUUAAAACUGAACACCGGAAUUUUCUAUCGCCGCCGUGUAGGGCAAAUUCUGCCGUCUCUAACUCUUAUGCUAUAUCCGAUCGAUUGCGUUCCGCGACUUUCGUCGUCGGCGGGGACGGAAUUCCCGGUAACUCACCGGUGGCCUUUAGAAAAUCAACUAGUUUAUUGUUAUUAUUAUGAAGAAGCAAGGAAAGAACAGUUCCAAGAGCAAUGGAUUUGUUCCUUCUUCUUUCAAAUUCAUUUCGUCUUGCAUUAAGACUGCUUCCUCCGGCGUCAGAACUGCCGGCGCUUCCGUCGCUUCAUCUAUCUCCGGCGAUGGACACGAUCAUAAAGAUCAGGUGCUUUGGGCUUGCUUUGACAGGCUAGAGCUUGGUCUGUCUUCUUUCAAACAUGUCCUCUUACUCGGUUAUUCCAAUGGCUUUCAAGUUCUUGAUGUGGAUGAUGGCUCUAAUAUCAGGGAACUUGCCUCAAAACGUGAUGAUCCAGUUUCGUUUUUACAGAUGCAGCCUGUCCCUGCAAAAUCAGAGAGCUGUGAAGGAUUUCGAGCAUCACAUCCUUUACUCUUGGUUGUUGCAUGUGAUAAAUCAAAGAUACCUGGUACAGAGCAAAAUGUCAGAGAUGGCCACAAGGAAGAUCAAGCUGAAAAUAUUAUCAACUCAGCUACAACAGUUAGAUUUUACUCACUAAGGUCCCAUACAUAUGUACAUGCUCUAAGAUUCCGUUCAACUGUCUACAUGGUUAGAUGCAGUCCUCAAAUAGUCGCUGUGGGUCUUGCUACUCAAAUAUACUGUUUUGAUGCUCUUACACUUGAGAAUAAAUUCAGUGUACUCACUUAUCCUGUGCCUCAGUUGGGUGGUCAAGGAAUGGUUGGGGUUAAUAUUGGCUAUGGUCCAAUGGCUGUAGGGCCACGUUGGUUAGCUUAUGCCUCCAACAACCCACUAUUAUCAAACACAAGUCGCUUAAGUCCUCAAAGCCUGACUCCUCCUGCUGGCAGCCCAUCAACAUCACCAAGCAGCGGAAGCCUGGUAGCUCGAUAUGCCAUGGAAUCUAGCAAGCACUUGGCUUCUGGGCUGAUCAAUCUUAGCGAUAUGGGCUACAAAACAUUGUCUAAAUACUAUCAAGAUCUACUGCCUGAUGGAUCCAGUUCCCCUGUAUCACCAAAUUCAAGUUGGAAAGUUGGUCGAUUUGCUUCAAAUUCUACAGAAACAGAUACGGCUGGAGUGGUUCUUGUCAAGGAUUUUGUUUCUAGAGCUGUUGUGGCACAAUUUAGGGCCCAUACUAGUCCUAUAUCUGCGCUAUGUUUUGAUCCGAGUGGAACACUUCUAGUUACUGCCUCAAUUCAUGGUAAUAACAUCAAUAUAUUUCGAAUUAUGCCUUCCUACUCAAAGAAUGGAUCAGGUUCUCAAAGCAAUGAUUGGAGUUCUUCUCAUGUCCACCUUUACAAACUCCGUCGUGGCAUGACAUCUGCUGUAAUACAAGAUAUUUGUUUUAGUCAUUACAGUCAGUGGGUUGCCAUCAUUUCCUCCAAGGGAACUUGUCAUAUUUUUGUCCUUUCCCCUUUUGGUGGUGAGACAGUUCUUAAGAUACACAAUAAGGAUACAGAAGGACCUGUUCUUUUGCCGGUUUCUCCUCUACCAUGGUGGUUCACUCCGCGUUUUACUGUAAAUCUGCAUCAACAGCUUUGCCACACACCCCAACCUCCUGUUUUUCUUUCUGUGGUUAGCAGAAUAAAAAAUGUUAAUGCUGGAUGGCUCAAUACGGUUAGUAAUGCUGCAUCUUCUGCAGCAGGGAAAGUCUCAGUUCCAUCUGGUGCUGUUUCUGCUGUUUUUCAUAGUUCUGUUCCUCUUGAUUCACACAAUGCAUACGCAAAAGUUCAUGCCAUGGAACACUUGCUGGUUUAUACCCCUUCUGGUCACUUAAUUCAAUAUAACCUACUACCGUCAUUGAUGGCAGAGCCUAAUGAAACUGCUUCAAGAACAGCCCAAGUUCCUUCUCAGAUGCAAGAAGAAGAUUUACGAGUGAAGGUUGAACCUGUUCAAUGGUGGGAUGUCUGUAGGAGAUAUGACUGGCAAGAAAGAGAGGUAUAUAUAUCAGGGAGUGCACCUGGUGGACCGGAAGCUGCUGAAAUGAUAUUGGAUGUUUCAUCUUGUGAAAAUUAUAGUGUUGGGAAUGAUGAUUCUGUAAAACUUAAUCAGGAUUGUCACUUCUCAAAUGCAGAGGUUCAUAUAAGUUCUGGGAGGAUACCAAUAUGGGGGAAGUCUGAGGUGUCUUUCUUUGUGAUGGGUUCUUUUGAAUCUGGAGAGCUGAAUAAAUGUGAAUUUCUAACCAAUGGAGAGAUUGAAAUAGAGGAUGUUCCUGUUAAUGAGGUUGAAAUAAGACAGAAGGUUUUGUUACCCGUCUAUGAUCAUUUCCACAAAAUUCAGUCCACUUGGGGUGACAGAGGUCUUGUUCUAGGAAGAUGCUCUAGCUCUUCAUCAGAUUCACAUGCAACCGAAGAGAAGUUGUCAGAAAAUGCUGCUAUUUCCCAUCCAAAGUUAAUAGCACCUGGCUUAACUGAAAAAACAAAUGUUGGUGCCUUGAAUUUCACUGAUAGUAUAACGAAGGUUAAAUCAUCAGAACAUGGUGACAGGUUCAAUUCAAGUUUUAGUGGUUGUGAUAUGAAUAUGCAUGUUACUUGCGAGGAGUCAAUACGUGACUCGCCGGACUACGAGCAAUUUUUUCAAGAGGGUUAUUGUAAAGCAUCAGUUGACUGUCAUGAAUCGGCAGAAGUUACUACUGACGUGGAUUGUAGCAGUCCCUCUGGCAGGGAGAAAUCUGAUGAAGAUGGUGACGAUGAUGACAUGCUUGGUGAUAUAUUUGACUUCUCCGAGGAAGGUUGAUGACUGCUUUAUUUUAUGCUUUCUUCCCGUCUUCGAAUUGAUGUAAAUUUGUGGUGUAAAGGAAUUUAAUUAACAAAUGCAGGUGAUUUCCUUGCAACAAGCUAAAUGCUACUGACCAUUGAUUCAAGGAAUUUACUGUUCUUCACUCCCAAUAUUCCAAGUCCAGUGAUUCUUCUGACCUUCUAAUUUUCUUGUAAAUGAUGUAUAUUGAAAUUCAUAACUACAAAUUAUUUGUGUGAGCACUGGGUGGGUUUCUUUAUAUGUUUUUAUUCUUGUUCAUAGCGUGGGGGAAGAAAAACCAUGAUUAUGAAACUGCUCCUUAGUCAUGA